AUGGGAAAAUCUUCUAUAAUGGAUGAGCAAAAGAAAUGGCUCGAAUCACAUAUUCCAGCGUUCGCUGAAGUGCAGAAGAAAUCAACGGUCGCGCGCUUUCACUCACACAUUGCUGAAGGCUGGUUUGAGAAAUAUCCUGAACGCAAUGCUCUCUUUCCAACAGCGGCUGGUGAGCCGUCAGCAGUUCUUACCCCACCACAGGAGGAUGAACUUUGUGAUGCCAUAAAGGCUAGAAAGAAACAACUCAGAAAUUGGUUCAACUGGAACGCUCGUGGAUACAAGCGCUCCUCUGAUAGCUCUGUAUUUUCAAAUAUGUUGAUGCAGAGCUUAGUGAAGAACAAGCGCUCCCGGAAUUUGAACGCAGCCGAAAUUUAUGGGAAGUUGUACGUGGAGAAAGUUCGAGAGGCGGUCAGUGCAGCCAAGGCUGACCAAUCUGGAGGGAAACUUUCUCAAGGAGAGCACCUUAUUCUCUUCAAGAGCGUAAGGGCUACUCUAUUUAGUGCUGAGUCGGAAGAGGUGAAGGCUGAAGUAGCUGCUGAGUGUCUCAAGCAGAAGGGCGGUCAGGACUCUGAGGAUGGUAAAGAAGUUGACGGCAUGGACGACGGUUGUGAGGUGGAGAAAAAUCCUGAGGAGUUCCAAAAGGCAAUAGAUGAACUGCCCGAUGUCCUCGACAAGAUUUUUAACUGCUUGUGCGCAUCGACGGGCUGGGCGUUUUUUAUUGGAUGCGCUGGUCCACUUCCAAAAGCUGGAGGGACAGUAUAUCAACACGACUACUACUUUGGGCCAAAGAGCGAUGGUGGCAGAGACUUCCAUGAAGCUUACACAGGAUUUAAGAAAGGCUUCGCCCUGCCAUUUUCGCAAUUUGUUCGAAAUGCUUUUCCACCAGAAGUCUGUCAGGAAAGAGCUUUCAGCUUUGCAGGAGCAGGACGGCCUAUCCUCGAUAAUGACAUAGCCGAAACCCAACCUAUCCUUGAUAGUGACGUAGCCAAAACCCUGAUCGCCAUGCCAAGAUCUGAAUCACCUUCCAUCGAAAUGAUGCCAUCAAUCGGGCCUGACCUCUGUGAAAGUUCUGGGCCUUCUUCGGAACCUGACUUGUCACUACUACCAACGUCAAGCGCACUGCCGCUGAACACUCCCCCGGUUCUUGACAGCUCAUCUCUGGCCACUCCUGCUCAUUCUCCACGAAAACAAGCCCUUGAUCGAUACCGCUCAGGCCAGACUCUCGAAGCUCCUGGCGAUGAUAUUUCCCUCAGCACUGGCAGUGCCUGGAACGACAAUCAAGAUGGAGGGUUGGAUGCUGCUUUUGGAGGAACGGUCUUAACUGAUUCUAUUGAAGGGAGUGAGAAGAGAUUUCCAAUGUCAGGUGGGUCAUCAGUGGAGGUGAACGGCUUACCAUUGGCUCCAGGUGCACCAUCAUCGCCUAUCUCGCAUGCCUUCGCCCGAAUGGAUCAAUCACUCUUCGCUCAAAGGCAAACUCCUCCUCCUCCUGCUUCCUCACCUUCUCCCCUUCGUGAUCCCUUCAUCGAUCCUCUCCUUUAUAUGGAGAAUAUGGGGAAACCGGCAUCAACUGCUGGGAUUUUAUUAGCAUCGGCACCUGGGUUUGUGUUUCAGAGAACACCUCCCCGACGCGAGCCUUUAGCUGUCACAACACAGGAGAAGAGCGAUCUCAACAACCCAUUUGCAACCCUCACAUCCGAUCCCCGUGUUUUUGGCCGUGCCCCAAUCAAUCCGUUCACAUUGGGUCGCACUGUCAAUCCGUCUAGUGCAUCACCUCCCAAAACCCCUUUACCUUCGGCGCCAGCCUCCGCACUUACCCCUACUCCACCUCCUUCAUCCCCCCCUUCUUCAGCACCACUCAAUUCAGAGGCUUCCACUACGGUUAACUACACCAUCCAUGGUGCAGCCAUCAACGCCGAUUUGGCAUCCUCAGACAGUGCAACCCAAGAACAUCGUCAGAUUCGACCACGACCCAGACCAUGUCCCAUCAAGAAGCCUGGCGUCAAUGCCACUCUUCUCUCCAGUGGUGGUGACGCUUGCAAUGGCGAUACAGAAUCCGCUCCCGGCACAACCACUCACACACCUAUAUCCACUGGCGCUAACACUGCUCCUUCCAGUAGCACCGAUGCGACGCCUUCCAACAAUACGACCCCCGCACCUCCCCUGGGUGAUGGCCCAAGCGAUAAGGAAAAUCACGCACCUUUGACUGAGCUUACCCGCUAUGAGAAAGCAGCUCUUACUAGAGCUCGCAAAAAACGCGAGGCGGAAGAAGCACUAGGUGCAUUGGAUAAAGGAGCUAACGGAAAGGGGGACAGUGAGAAGGGGUCUAAGGGGUCAGGAAAGAAGCGAAAGGAGCCAGAGGGCAGUCGUAAGUCUCGAAGUGGCCAUGAAGUUAGGAAGCCAAAUUAUUGGGUACCGGAGGGAUGA